AUGUCAAAUGUCGAUAUAUCUAGCGAUGGCUUCAUUGGCCUCGAUUAUGACUCCAGAAACUACCUCCAGCCGCAGUCAUGGCCCGUGACGGUGGAUCAUCAGGCCUCGCAACGAGCCGAUGGAGCACGAGAUGUUGCGCUACAGACUAGCGGUCUCCCCUACGAACAGUCGGUAUCGCAGGACCCUAACCUCAUGGUCGACUGGCACUUUCAUGCCCUGCAACCCCACCUCCAGUACUCCCCCGAGGAGGCCUCGUCCGUCCCACAGUUCACCACGGCCAGCUAUGGCAUGUCCAUUCAGUCGUCUCCCAUCGAUCUGAUGUCCAAUUCGCAAGGCCAGAUGAGCACCAGCCUCUUGGGGGGCUCCUAUCUGCCGCUCUCGCCCCCCGUCGACAUGAACCAGUUCCCCUACCAUGAUUUCCAGGCGGACCUCAUGCCCUUCCCCGACGCCGUGGGCGAUGUCUCGUCGUAUGCGGCGCCGCACAAUGUCAUUGACAGCAGCUCCCCCACGGACACUGCCCUCGAGGUGCGCUCGCUGUCCAGCAGUGACAACGGCUGGUGUGCGAUUGAACCCCGCCACUCGCACGAGUUCUCCUUCCCGGACCAGGGCUUCUUCAUCAACCCCAGCCAGACCCUGCACGACCGGAGUCUGUCGGAGUCCUCGUAUUCGACCUCCUACAGCAGCUUCAUCGAUGUCACGAACCCGGUCAAUUCGCCCAGCUCGGACACCAACUUCGAGUCGGCCUUCAACACCAUGAACCGACGCGUCUCGUUUGACCACACCUCCCAUGGGUCCCAGUCUCCCACCGCGGUCAGCCCCGUGGCCAUUGCCCGCCCCAUUCCCGUGCCCGUCCCCAUGAAGAAGCCGUCCUCGCCGGCCCGUUCCGCCGGCUCCCAGGCGUCGUCCGCGUCCCCGCCCAGCCGAAAGCCGUCCCGGAAGAGUCCCAUCGCCGCCAAGUCGGAGACCAAGAUCCGCAAGCACUCGCAGAGCGGCAAGCCGGAAACCGAGAAGCGGGUGGGCAAGCGCAAGGGCCCAUUGAAGCCGGAUCAGCGCAAGCAGGCCAGCGAGAUUCGCAAGCUGAGAGCCUGUCUGCGCUGCAAGUUCUUGAAGAAGACUUGUGACAAAGGCGAGCCGUGUGCCGGAUGCCAGCCUUCCCACGCCCGCCUGUGGCAGGUUCCCUGCACCCGAAUCGAUAUCAAGGAGAUCGGGUACUUCAUGAAGGAUUGGAAGGCGGACUAUGAGCGCCACAUCAGCCUUGGGUUCUCCGUCGGGAACAUCAAGGGGUUCUCGGACCACGAGCGGACGCUCUUCAUCACCCACGGUUAUGGCCAAGUCCUCCCGAUCAAUGCCCGCGAGGUCUACGUCCGGGACGAACAGUGCUUCAGCGUUGACUGGGUGGAAUCGAUGCACCGGGAACCGACCCAAUACGAGGUGGAAACCGCCAAGCUCUCGGCCGGAAUGGAGGGUAUCUCGCACGCCCUGCUCUCCGACUAUCUGGACCGCCACAUCGAUGGUAACGGUACAUUUGAGAAGUUUGUGGACGACUACUUCGAGGGUACUCCGUUCCUCACCCAGAUGCUGAAGACCGCCUUCCGCUACUACUUCCGCACCAAGCUGCCGGUCAUCCGCAAGGCGCUGAAGCUGGUCGUUGCCUACAACCUGACGCUCCAUGUCACCAUGGUGGAAGGCCUGGGCGAUGAGGAGGGGCUCUCCGGGAAGAUCAAUAGCGGGUCAAAAUUCUCGGGCAAGACCAUGGCCCCGGUGAUGAUCAACUUCCAGAUCAAGUGCGCCAUGGCCAACAUGUGGCGUGAGUUGCAGAAGGAUGUUCUGGAGGAGCUCUCCGGUCUCUACUCGAGUGUUUAUAGCGGGGACAAGCUGAAGAACUGGCCUACCAUCUUUAUCCUGGCGUCGAUCCUGCUGGCGGUGUGGGAGGAGAUGCAGUUCGACAGCCACUACCGUACACCGGAUGCUUCCGCUGUGGAUAAAUUCUGCACCGAUAUGGAGACCACACCGGUUGGGGUUAUCGUCGGCCUCUUCCAAGCCAUCUCGCAGAAGCUGCCCGCCUUCACCGAUUGGGAGACGCAGAAGCACCAUCAUCUGCUCCAUUCCAAUCCCGACGUUUGCAACACGAUGACCGAGGUCCGCCAGCACGUGACGCAAUACGAGACCUACCUCCGUAGCCGCUCGGGUUCGAAGUUCAACCGGAACGACUUCGACUGCUUAUCGAACAAGUUCAUCUCCCGCCUCGUGAUCCGCGCGAACUAG